AUGAUAAUAGUUAAAUUCAUAAAGUUAGAUGAUCAAGAUGAGUCUUUGUUAAGUGAUCCUCCUAUUGACCCUAAGAAAAUCCCUGAUGCUGACAGAAGACAAGCUUCUCAACUAAUAGCAGUAAUUGCAGAGUUGAUAAAAUAG